AUAGACCUCCACAGUCCACACUCCACACACACCUGCACUUUGCCUCUGCAAGCAAGUACUGAGUAGCUCCCUGGUGGCCGCCUUGGUAUUGUUGUUGUUGUGGUGCUGUCUCUGAGCAUAAUCCAUUUCACUCGCUCCUUCAUCAGCUCAUCCCUCUCUGCACAGGCACUUUCUCUCUCCUUCAUAUCAGGAUACUGCGCUGGCUCCCUGCUGAUCUGUGGCGUUUGCCCUGUUCCCGUGCUUGAUUUGUUCGCUUCUGUGCGCGGUGGUGCCCGGGCAAUAAUUCUUUGGUGGCUUGUUGCCACCCUCCUCGCGGCAUGGCGUAGAGGAUGAGAGGGACGGGGGUAGAGAACAAACCGGCCGAGCCAGUGGCCUGACCGUGAAAGUGAGAGGGAGCGGAGAGAGAGCUCGAGCACGGGCAGGCGGUGGCUAGCACUGCAGUGGCCAGGAAACAGUGGAGCUUGAGCUGCCGAGUUUCAUGGAUUGGGAUCUCAAGAUGCCGGUUUCUUGGGACCUGGCCGAGCUGGAGCACGACGCCGUGCAGGCCAUCCCCGCCGCCUCCGCGCCCACCGCGACCGCGGCGGCGGCGGCGCGCGGGGCGACGAGCCGGGCGGAGUGCUCGGUCGACCUCAAGCUCGGCGGGCUGGGCGAGUUCGGCGCGGCGGACGGGAUGAAGGAGCCGGCAGCGAAAGGCCCGGUGGCGCCGGUGUCGGCUGGGGCCGCUGUGUCGUCGGCGAGCCCGAUGAAGCGCCCGCGCUCGGGACCUGGCGGCGCCGGCGGUGCGCAGUGCCCGUCGUGCGCGGUGGACGGCUGCAAUGCCGACCUGAGCAAGUGCCGCGACUACCACCGCCGGCACAAGGUCUGCGAGGCGCACUCCAAGACGCCCGUCGUCGUCGUCGCCGGCCGUGAGAUGCGCUUCUGCCAACAGUGCAGCAGGUUUCACUUACUUGCAGAGUUUGAUGAGGCUAAGCGUAGCUGUAGAAAGCGGCUGGAUGGGCACAACCGACGUCGCAGGAAGCCACAGCCAGAUACCAUGAACUCUGGGAGCUUUAUGACAAGCCAACAAGGCUUGUUUUCGAGUGUAGGGGCAAGGUUCUCGACUUUCCCUGCUCCAAGACCAGAGCCAAGUUGGUCUGGAGUCAUCAAAUCCGAGGACAGUUCAUACUACGCACACCAGAUUCUCAGGAACAGGCCACACUUCGCCGGCGUCACGUCGACUUACUCCAAGGAAGGCCGGCGCUUCCCCUUCCUCCAGGACGGUGAUCAAGUGAGCUUCAGCACAGGCGCCGCGGCGACGCUCGAAGCAGCCACGACGGUGUGUCAGCCCCUCAAGACCGUGGCCGUGCCUCCCGAGAGCAGCAGCAGCAACAAGAUCUUCUCCGACGGGCUCACCCCCGUCCUCGACUCGGAUUGUGCUCUCUCUCUUCUGUCAUCCUCAGCCAACUCCUCCAGCGUCGACGUCAGCCGGAUGGUCCAGCCGACCGAGCACAUCCCCAUGGCGCAGCCCCUCUUCCCCAACCUGCAGCAGUUCGGCAGCUCUCCCAGCUGGUUCGCCUGCUCCCAGGCCUCCAGCGGCGGUGUCCCUACGGCCGGCGCAGGCGGGUUCACCUGCCCCAGCAUGGAGAGCGAGCAGCUGAACAUCGUCCUGGUCCCGAGCUCCGACGGCAACGAGAUGAACUACCACGGCAUCUUCCAUGUCGGCGGCGAGGGCUCCUCGGACGGGACGUCCCCGUCCCUCCCCUUCUCAUGGCAGUAGCUUCUCAGUGACCAGUAGAGCUGUACUUGUGCUCAUCUGUGGUGAUCAGUUUCUGUUAGUUCUGUGUUCAUUCUAUGCUCCCUCCCUUUUUUUUCUCUCGUUGUCCUUUGUUGUUUUCUUCAUUUUGCCUACCUGCAUCAUUUUGAUAAACCUCGCUUAAAGUUAGUUCAAAUUUCACGAGGUCGUCUUAAUAUUUUACUGAUCUAGGCAUUAUGCCCCA